GGCGUCUCCAGCGAGAGGCGCGGGGCCGGACGCCGCGAACGUGAGGCCCCCGGGGAGGGCAGCCGGGGCGCCCAGGCACGCAGUCUCUGACCUAGGCUCCCCCGGACGCUCGCCGAAGCCUCGGAGUCCCCCAGCGCACUGAAGCAUGGCGGGGAAGACCCCCCUUGGGCCGGCCCGGACUCACGCACACCCGCUGCCUGUUAGGCCCUGCUGAACCCUCAGCCUGGAGCCCCCUGGACAGCGCCUGCCUUCCGAGGCUGUCCCGGCUCAGCUGUCCACAGCGAUGGUGGAGAACUGGACUCCACAGACUCACAACCUUCCCGUCAGACUCCAGGGGCCAGCAUCCUUCAUCCUGGGACUGGCGACCCUGAACAAUGGCUGAGGGCCGGGGGACCCCAUAAAGUAACUCCACAGCUUACGGGGGCCAGUAGCACUCCAUUCCCCUGGACUAUGACCACCUACCGGCCCAUCCCCAGUGAUGGUGUGGACCUGGCAGCCAGCUGUGGGGCCAGGGGGGCCGAUGUCCUCCCUGGGCCCCACACAGGGGACUAUGCCCCCAUCGGAUUCUGGGUCCAGAACGGUGGCUUGCCUCAGCCUGUUGGUGAGAGCGCGGCCGCGGCCACUACCCGCCCCAGUCCUACCACCCCUGCGGUGCCCAAGAUGGGCGUGCGUGCAAGAGUCGCCGACUGGCCACCCAAGAGGGAGGCCCUGAGAGAGCAGAACAACCCCAGCCCCUCACAGGACGUAGAUGGCCCGAAGGCCGCAAAAGCGGCCCAGGCCGUGAGGGGCACACAGAAUGGACAGCCCUCCGCCGCCACCCCGGCUUCCUCAGGGUCCAAAGCCUUCCACCGGCUGUCCAGGAGAAGGUCCAAAGAUGUGGAGUUCCAGGACGGCUGGCCCCGGUCCCCGGGCCGGGCCUUCCUUCCCCUGCGGCACCGCAGCAGCAGCGAGAUCACCCUCAGCGAGUGUGACGUGGAGGACGCGGGGGAGCCGCGGGGGGCCCGGCACGCAGGGGCGCUGCCCCUCUUCCGAGAGUACGGGAGCACGUCCUCCAUCGACGUGCAGGGCGUGCCGGAGCAGAGCUUCUUUGACAUUCUCAAUGAGUUCCGCAGCGAACAGCCUGAGGCCCGGGCCCCCCAGAACCUCCCUGAGCUCCUCCAGGCCGACCCCGGCCCCCAUCUCGCGGGGAGCGGCAGUGGCGCCAAGGGUGACCUCCGCAACGGGCAGUCCGCGAAGGACACCCUUCUGCCGCUGCAGCCCAUGAAGGAGAAGGACAAGGCCCGGAAGAAGCCCGUGCGGGGCCCGGGCGGCGGGGACACCGUGGACUCGUCCAUCUUCCGCAAGCUGAGGAGCAGCAAGCCAGAGGCCGAGGUGGGGCGCGCCCCGGCGGAGGCAGAGGAGGGCCGGAGCCCCCCGGAGGCCAGGCCCUGGGUCUGCCAGAAGAGCUUUGCCCACUUUGACGUGCAGAGCAUGCUGUUUGACCUCCACGAGGCGGCCGCCAACAGGGUGUCCACCGCCCAGCGGCGCAACACCACCACGGGCGCCUCGGCCGCCUCAGCCACGGCGUCCCUCACGGCCUCGCGCACCCACAGCCUCGGGGGCCUGGACCCCGCCUUCGCCAGCACAGAGGACUUGAACUGCAAGGAGAACCUGGAGCAGGACCUCGGGGACGACAACAGCAACGACCUGCUGCUCAGCUGCCCGCACUUCCGCAACGAGAUCGGUGGCGAGUGCGAGCGCAACGUGAGCUUCUCCCGGGCCUCCGCGGGCUCCCCGGGCGCAGGCGAGGGCCGCCUGCCCGAGCCCGCCCUCAGCGCCUACCGCACCAACGCCAGCAUCUCUGUGCUGGAGGUGCCCAAGGAGCAGCAGAGGACCCAGAGUCGCCCGCGGCAGUACAGCAUUGAGCACGUGGACCUGGGCGCCCGCUACUACCAGGACUACUUCGUGGGCAAAGAGCAUGCCAAUUAUUUUGGCGUGGAUGAGAAGCUGGGGCCAGUGGCCGUGAGCAUCAAGCGGGAGAAGCUGGAGGACCACAAGGACCACGGGCCUCAGUACCAGCACAGGAUCAUCUUCCGCACGCGCGAGCUCAUCACCCUGCGGGGCUCCAUCCUGGAGGACGCCACGCCCACGGCCACCAAGCACGGGACGGGGCGGGGGCUCCCCCUGAAGGAUGCCCUGGAGUAUGUCAUCCCCGAGCUCAACAUCCACUGCCUUCGGCUGGCUCUCAACACUCCCAAGGUGACGGAGCAGCUGCUGAAGCUCGACGAGCAAGGGCUCUGCCGGAAGCACAAGGUGGGCAUCCUCUACUGCAAGGCGGGCCAGAGCUCUGAGGAGGAGAUGUACAACAACGAGGGGGCGGGCCCCGCCUUCGAGGAGUUCCUGUCCCUCAUCGGGGAGAAGGUCUGCCUGAAGGGCUUCACCAAGUACGCGGCCCAGCUCGACGUCAAGACCGACUCCACGGGAACCCACUCCCUCUACACGACGUACCAGGACUACGAGAUCAUGUUCCACGUCUCCACCCUGCUCCCUUACACCCCCAACAACAGGCAGCAGCUACUGCGGAAGAGGCACAUAGGAAACGACAUCGUCACCAUCAUCUUCCAGGAGCCGGGGGCGCUGCCUUUCACCCCCAAGAACAUCCGCUCGCACUUCCAGCAUGUCUUCAUCAUCGUCCGAGCCCACAACCCCUGCACUGAGAAUGUCUGCUACAGCAUGGCUGUGACCCGAUCCAAAGAUGCGCCUCCCUUCGGCCCCCCCAUCCCCAGUGGAACCACUUUCCGCAAAUCUGACGUCUUCAGAGACUUCUUGCUGGCCAAGGUCAUCAACGCGGAGAACGCGGCACACAAGUCGGACAAGUUCCACACCAUGGCCACCAGGACCCGGCAGGAGUACCUCAAGGACCUGGCCGAGAACUGCGUCUCCAACACACCCAUCGACUCCACGGGCAAGUUCAACCUCAUCUCCCUGACCUCCAAGAAGAAGGAGAAGACCAAAGCCCGGGCAGGCGCUGAGCAGCACAGCGCGGGGGCCAUUGCCUGGAGGGUGGCGGCACAGGACUACACGCAGGGCGUGGAGACCGACUGCAUUCUGGGCAUCUCCAACGAGUUUGUGGUGCUGCUGGACCUGCGCACCAAGGAGGUGGUGUUCAACUGCUACUGCGGCGACGUCAUCGGCUGGACCCCGGACUCCUCGACGCUCAAGAUCUUCUAUGGGCGUGGGGACCACAUCUCCCUGCAGGCUGCUGAGGGCUCCGUGGAGGACAUAAGGGAAAUUGUGCAGAGACUGAAGGUAAUGACCAGUGGCUGGGAGACGGUGGACAUGACCCUGCGGCGGAACGGGCUGGGCCAGCUAGGCUUCCACGUCAAGUACGAUGGCACAGUGGCCGAGGUGGAGGACUACGGGUUUGCCUGGCAGGCCGGCCUCCGGCAGGGCAGCCGGCUGGUGGAGAUCUGCAAGGUGGCCGUGGUCACCCUGACGCACGACCAGAUGAUCGACCUGCUGCGCACCUCCGUCACAGUCAAGGUGGUCAUCAUCCCGCCCUUCGACGACGGCACGCCCCGGAGGGGCUGGCCGGAGACCUAUGACAUGAAUUCCUCGGAGGCCAAGACCGAGCCGGAGACCGUGACCCCCGGGGGCCGGCCCCCGUACCGCAGCAACGCUCCCUGGCAGUGGAGCGGACCUGCGUCCCACAACUCUCUACCAGCCUCCAAGUGGGCCGUUCCCUCCGCCCCCGGCCACGUCCAGUCCCUGAGCCGGCCCCCAAAGCAGGCCCCCAUGGUCCCUUUCCGGGAGUCCCAGCCCCUGCACAGCAAGAGGCCUGUCAGCUUCCCGGAAACCCCUUACACAGCGUCACCAGCAGGGGCCGACAAAGCCCCACCCUACCGGCAGCCUUCUGGGAGCUUCUCCACCCCGGGCUCAGCCACCUAUGCCAGAUACAAGCCAUCUCCAGAAAGGUAUGCGGCCGCCCCACACCCCCUGCUUUCCUUUGAUCCCCACUUUGGCCAUGAUGGAACAUCCAGUGGAGACUCCUCCUCAGGCGGCCUGACCAGCCAGGAGAGCACCAUGGAGCGCCAGAAGCCAGAGCCUCUGUGGCAUGUGCCGGCCCAGGCCCGGCUCUCGGCCAUGGCUGCGAGCAGCGGGAGCAAGCACGCCUCCAGGCAGGACGCAGCAGGCAAAGAUUCCCCCAACAGACAUUCCAGAGGAGAGCCCCAGUACUCCAGUCAUUCCAGCAGCAACACCCUCUCCAGCAACGCGUCCAGCAGCCACAGCGACGACCGCUGGUUUGAGCCGCUGGACCCACUGGAGCCCGAGCCAGACCCCCUCUCCAAGGGCGGCUCCAGCGACAGCGGCAUCGACACCGCCCUCUACACCUCCAGUCCCAGCUGCUUGUCUCUGGCCAAGACUCCUCGGCCCGCCAAGCCACACAAGCCCCCCGGAAGUAUGGGACUUUGUGGGGGUGGCCGAGAGGCCGCUGGGAGGCCCCACCACACGGACAGGCGGCGGGAAGUCUCACCCGCUCCGGCAGUGGCUGGCCAGAGCAAGGGCUACCGGCCGAAGCUGUACUCCUCAGGCUCCAGCACUCCAACCGGCCUGGCAGGGGGCAGCCGCGACCCACCAAGGCAGCCCAGUGACAUGAGCUCAAGGGCUGGCUACCCCGCUCAGGUUUACAAAACAGCCAGCUCAGAGACCCCUCGGCCCGCACAGCUGGCCCAGCCCAGCCCCUUCCAGCUGUCCACCUCCGUCCCCAAGUCCUUCUUCUCCAAGCAGCCCGUGCGCAAUAAGCACCCGGCAGGGUGGAAGAGAACGGAGGAGCCCCCGCCACGGCCACUCCCCUUCACUGACCCAAAGAAGCAAGUGGACACCAGCACGAAAAACGUCUUUGGGCAACCUCGUUUGAGAGCCUCCCUCCGGGACCUCCGCUCCCCACGGAAGAACUACAAGUCCACCAUCGAGGACGACCUGAAGAAACUCAUCAUCAUGGACAACCUGGCGCCCGAGCAGGAGAGAGAGGCAGGACAGUCGCCGCAGAAGAGCCUGCAGCGGACGCUGUCGGACGAGAGUCUCUGCAGCGGGCGCCGGGAGCCCAGCUUCGCCAGCCCUGCCAGCCUGGAGCCCGGCCUGCCCAGCGACGUGCUCUUCACCAGCACCUGCACCUUCCCCUCCAGCACGCUGCCUGCCCGCCGCCAGCACCAGCACCCCCACCCGCCUGGGGGGGGCCCCAACACCAUCCCCGCCACCGGCAACGGCUUCCCAGAGAAGAAAUCCACCAUCUCCGCCUCGGAACUCUCGCUGGCUGACGGGCGGGACCGGCCCCUGCGGCGCCUGGACCCCGGGAUGAUGCCCCUGCCCGACACAGCUGCCGGCCUCGAGUGGUCCAGCCUGGUGAACGCCGCCAAGGCCUACGAAGUGCAAAGAGCUGUCUCGCUCUUCUCUCUCAACGACCCGGCGCUGAGCCCAGACACCCCGCCUGCACACAGCCCUGUCCACAGCCGCCUGAGCCUGGAGAGGGGGCCCCCUACCCCCAGGACCACUCCCACCAUGAGCGAGGAGCCACCCCUGGAUCUGACAGGCAAGGUGUACCAGCUGGAAGUGAUGCUGAAGCAGCUGCACACGGACCUGCAGAAGGAGAAGCAGGACAAGGCCGUGCUGCAGUCGGAGGUGGCCAGCCUGCGGCAGAACAACCAGCGCCUGCAGGAGGAGUCGCAGGCCGCCAGUGAGCAGCUGCGCAAGUUCGCAGAGAUCUUCUGCAGGGAGAAGAAGGAGCUCUGAGGAGCAGAGGCCCCCGCGCCCCGGCCCCUCCACCCUGGCUCGCUGGGUCCUACUCUCCUCUGCCUGUGGCAGGUGUGACCAAGCUAAUCCAGCCAGGGCCCCACCGCCGCCACCCCCAUGAACACAGACACCCCCAGGGCGGGGGGCCAGAGGGAGGCCCCGGCAGUGAGCCCGGUCUGCUCCCGGGGCGCCGCCGCCUCUGGUCUUCCUCUGAGCUGCUCAUCUCUGCUCCUGGGGCCGGGCUGUGCCCACAGCCCUCUCGGGGGGCUGCCCUGCUGUCCUCAACGAGCCUCUUCCUAGGACCAAAAGCCAUCAGAAGCUGAGGAAGGGCCGGGGAGGGCAGGACCGAGUCUCCCACCCCCACAACUCCGGGAGUUCACAGACCAGGUUUCUUCACCACGUCAACAGCCUUUGGGUCGUGAGGCCACGCCCCUGCAUGGAAAGUCACUUCUCCCCCACACCCAGAGAGGUGAGGGCCUCGAGUGGGGCCUGAGCUCCAGGUCCCUGGUGCACGCUAGCUCCUACAAGCACGGACAUUAUCCCCUUCCCAUCCUGCCCCUCCAAGAAGCUACCAGGAGCACUUUGUUAGAGUUUCAGUUCUUUUCCUGGGGAUCCCAGGAUGGACAGAGGAAAUCCCAGCAUCCGGAGUCCACUUCUCUGAGGGGACACGACUUGCACACUCGAGACCAUUUUGCAGUCUUUUUCUGGCAGCCCCUCACACGAGGCCACGGUGCCUGGACCCCUCCGCCUCGGAGCAGCGGACCCUCCAGGCCGGGCGCCAGCCUGCACAGCCCCCUCCCCCGCCAGCUGCCCCCACUCGGCCUGGCCUCUUGGGGCGCAGGAGGGGCUCUGGCUCCAGGAGCCCUCUGUCAGGGCUGGAGAAACAGCCUUCACCUCUUCUGCUUUGUCUCUCUUUACAAGUCUCUCAGCCUAUCUUGCAGGCCCCAGGUGGCAGCGGCUGGGACACCCCCUGUGCUCCUGGGGGGCGCUUUGCCCUGCGAACACCCACAAGACGCUGGUUCUCUAAAGGCAAUAAGGGGCCGCUUGCCAGGCAGCCGAGCCGGUGUGGUACUACACUUUUUUUCCUUUAAAGACAAACAAAUAUAUAUAUAUAGACAUAUAUAUAUUUAUUUUUUCAUGUAGAGUUGUGCCAGAACAAGUCUGUAUGGCCACAGCCUGUGGAUUCCCUCAACCUCAAGCUGAGGAUCAAGGCCUGUCCCCCGUGGGCUGGGGCCCAGCGGGAGGAUGCGGAAGGAACAGUUCAGAGGGACCAAGUCAGGGUGGGCCCGGCCGGCCCCUGUGGGAGGCACCAGGCCAGGGAGCUGGCGCGGGCAGCCUGGCCCAGAGCCGCGCCCUCUGGCCAGGAGCCCAGUCCACGCAGCCCAGGCCUUGUCCAGAGACCCUAUUGCCUUCUCUCUGGGGCCAGAAACCUCAGGGAAGGGGACUCGGAACAGGACACGGCACUCUGGGAGGUGCCAGACUGGAAUGGCGGAGCGGGAGGAGCGGCCCGCCCUGGCCGCACUGUAGUCCCGUGAGAGGCGCCCUGAGCUCGCCUGGCACCUCAGUCCCUCACCCCAGCUGUGAGAUGGGGCAGUGGGGUGGGGCCUGCCCAGUCCUCAGCCCUGGCCAACUACUGUGAUGUCUCCACCCCUCUUCCUGGAUCCCCUUUCCAGAAGGUUCUCCAGGGCCAUCCCAGCCCCCUCUCCUCAGCCCCCAAAUCUGGAGCCUACCCUCCCUGGCCCUUUUUUAAGUUGUCUCAUAUCUGCACAUCAUUCGAAUCAUUUUGGGGACCUAAUCAUGUACAUUAACAAGUGUAAAUUAUGAUUUUUGGUUUUGUUUUCUGUUAUUUUUUUAAAGAUCUCUGCAAAACAAAUCCAGUUUAUUUAAUUUGAGAUUGGUAUUCUAUCUGAUGACUGAAGAUAGCUGCAGGGUAUUUUUUUUUUCAUAUGUUGAUUUCAUUUGGAUUUUUUAUUCUUUAUUGUCUUUUUUUUUUUUUUUUCUAUCCCUGUCUUGAGAUUUUCUGGCAUG